AUGGUGCUUGACUACAGCAAAUGGGACGCUCUUGAGUUGUCAGAUGACUCGGAUAUCGAAGUACACCCCAAUGUCGACAAACGAUCUUUCAUCCGAGCCAAACAGGCCCAGAUUCACCAGCAACGAGAGCAACGACGUCUCAACAUUCAAACCCUAAAGUAUGAGCGCAUUAUCAACGACGGCCUGCUUUCACGCAUUGAGAAGCUCCUUACAUCCUUCAGAGAGAAAGACGGAUCAUCAUCCAGUCCUGAGGAGGUCAUCUUUUCGACACUCAUGGAGUUAGCGAGUAAUCCAGCGGAAGACCUACCCCCUUCGCCCCCGGAAGGUGUCCAUACCCAGGAGAAGGAGCAGCCGAAGUAUUCGCAGAUGAUGAGCGCUCUGGUGGAUCAGGUUAAGAAGGAGGUCGAAGAUUUGAAAUCCGAUAACCUAUUCCAAGCAUAUGUCAAGGGGGUACAGGGUCAUAAGGACAAGGUGCAGGAGUUACAAAAGGAGCUUCUUACAAAGCUGGAUCAGCUCGAAAAGGAAGAGGGAAGCAAAAUUACAAGUGAAUCUAUCCACACAGGCUUCGAUACUUCUCAUGUAUCCAAAGCCAAGGCCGCGCCGCCAGCGAAAGGAAAAACAAGCUCGGUUGAACUGUUGAACCCGAAUGCAGCACCAGGACCUUCCGAUCAGGAGGCCAAUGACGACGAUGGUGAUGUUGAAGACCCGGAUAGCAUACAAGCCAGCCCAUUGGCUAAGAAGUUCGCCAAAAUUGAUCGGAACGAUUACCGAGCUCUGCAUCAAUACAUAUCAGACAAUCCGAGUAUUGUUGCGGAGAAAGAGACAGAUGGCCUCUUGGUUGAAGCGUUCAACAGUCAAAUGGAGGGUAAAGAGGACUAUGCCCGCCAAUGUGUGCACCAAGGUCUCUUGCUGCAAUACUGCCGCUCUCUUGGUCCUGAUGGAAUCUCACUUUUCUUCAAGCGUAUUACGACAAGGGAGCACCAGGCAGGCACUUUGUUCAGGAACGACGUCAACGAAACCUACAAUAAAAUCAAGACCCGUGCGGCCGAACUCGCAAAGGAUAGCUCUGCAUCCAACGAUCCGGCUGGAGUGGAGCAAAUCCAGCUUCACGCUGUCGACCCGAACACCAAGAUUACCAUCAACAUUCCUCGGCCCGAUAGCGACGAGCCUAUUGAGAUCGAAGCGCGGAAAAUCUUCGAGUCUUUCUCCAAGGAUCUGCAGAAGGCACUUGCAUCGGAAUCAUUGGACGAGGUCAACAAAGUCCUCGGCAAGAUGAGCGUCCCAGAUGCAGAAGAUGUUGUGGAGAAGCUCGGAGAAAGCGGCAUGCUUAGCCUGGAGGAGGGUAUCGUUGAUGCUACGACAGAAGAAGGCCGGAAGAAACUCGCGGAAAUCGAAGCGGAGGGCAAGGAAAGGCAAGUGGAGGAAGUCGGAGAGCCUGGGGGUGAUAUAACUGAACUGGAUUGA